UCCCUCCCUCUCUUUUACACUCAAACCCACCACCACCUUCUUCUCUCUAUAUUUUCUGAUAGACCAUCACACAACUAAUGCAUGGUCAUUACACUCUCUCUACCCUGACACCCACAAUCUAACUUCUGGUCAUCAGUACGUUGUCCCAAGAUGAGAACAGGUAACUGCGCCGUCCACCAGGGUCUCACCGCAGAAGCUGCGGCCAUCGUCAAGCAGGCCGUGACGCUCGCCAAGCGUCGCGGCCACGCCCAAGUCACCCCCCUUCACGUGGCCAACACCAUGCUCGCCUCCGCCAGCGGCCUCCUUCGUUCGGCUUGCCUUCAAUCCCAUUCCCAUCCUCUCCAGUGCAAGGCCUUGGAGCUUUGCUUCAAUGUCGCCCUCAACCGCCUUCCGGCGUCCAACACCGCAGGCGCCAUGUUAGGUCCCACCUCUCUCUACUCUCACUGCCCUUCCAUCUCCAACGCCUUGGUGGCCGCCUUCAAGCGAGCCCAGGCCCACCAGCGCCGUGGAUCCAUCGAGAAUCAGCAGCAGCCGCUGUUAGCCGUCAAGAUAGAGCUGGAGCAGCUCAUCAUUUCCAUCUUGGAUGAUCCUAGCGUCAGCCGAGUCAUGAGAGAAGCUGGGUUCUCCAGCACUCAAGUCAAAAGUAAUAUCGAGCAAACUGUGUCCUUGGAAAUAUGUUCUCAAAAGGAACAAAACACUGCCACCAAAACAUCGGUACCGAUGGAUCCGGUUAGGUCCGAGGAUGUGUCGAGUGUGAUAGGUUGUUUGGUGAAUCAGAGAAGGAGAAGUACGGUGGUCGUGGGAGAGUGUGAGAUCAGUCUUGAAGGUGUAGUACGAGGAGUGAUGGAUAGGGUUGAAAAGGACGAUGCUGGUGAGGGUAUGAGAGGGGUCAAGUUUGUUUCUCUUUCUCGUUCUGCUUUUGGGCAUUUGUCCAAAGUAGAGGUGGAGAGCAAGAUUGAAGAGCUCAAGAGCCUUGUUACGAACAGUCGUCAUUGCAAAGGGUUUAUUUUGUAUGUGGGAGAUCUUAAGUGGCUGUUCGAGUACAAAAGUCGUUGGAGCCAGCAAGGAAACGGGUGCUAUUGCCCAGUGGAGCACAUGAUAGUGGAAGUGGGAAAGCUGGUGAGUGGAGAGAAUAACAAUGGAGGGUUGAGGUUGAUGGGAAUAGCUACUUUUCAAACUUACAUGAGAUGUAGAAAUGGGCAUCCAUCGCUGGCGACUCUCUGGGGACUUCAUCCUCUUACUAUUCCUGCAGGAAGCUUGCACUUGAGUCUCGUUACUGACACUGACAGUGAUCUACAAAAUCAGUCCUCUAACAAGAAAGCUGAGGGCAAUCGAACUGGCUGGCUGUUACCCGAACCAGGGGUAGAGAAGCAAGCGGCGGCUUGCUUGGCCGAGCCUUCUCCCAAGUUUGAGCUACAAGUUCGAAGUUUGCAGAGCAGUACCUGUAACAGUGACUCAUCCCCAACUCUUCCUGCAUGGCUCCAACAGUACAAACAUGAGAGUAGAGCAUCCUCCAAUGAUCAGAACUGUGUCCCAGUGGGAGGCCGCUGUAAAAAGUGGAAUUCUUUGUGCAAUAGUCCAAUCCAGAAACAAACCUAUCAUUGUGAAAAAGCCUUCACAUUCUCCCCUGUAUCACCCUCUUCAUCUCCUCCAGGCUUCUCAUAUAACCCGCCAAGAGACCAGCCUUUCUGGAUCUCUGAAAGUGGCAAUAGUAAUAAUAAGCCAAACGAACCAGCUCUGAGAAUGUACAUCCCAGAUCAUAACAGCGCCAAACAGUCAUUCCCACCGUCCUAUCCAAGUUCAAACCCUAAUUCCACUUCAUCUAGUGAUCUCCUGGAAACGGAAUAUGUGAGCAGGUUCAAAGGGCUCACUUCAGAGAAUUUCAAUACCCUAUGCAAUGCCUUGGAGGAAAAAGUCCCGUGGCAGAAAGAUAUAGUACCGGACAUCGUAAGCACCGUUUUACAGUGCCGGUCUGGCAUGUUAAGAAGAAAAGAAAAGAUCAGAAACAUCGAGGUGAAGAAAGAAACGUGGUUGUUCUUCCAAGGAGUUGAUGUGGAAGCCAAAGAAAAAAUAGCCAGAGAACUAGCUACGAAAGUAUUUGGGUCCCAUAGCAAUAACCUCGUUUCAAUAGCUUUAAGUAGUUUUUCAUCAACAGGGGCAGAUUCAACAGAGGAAUAUGUCAGAAACAAAAGAUCAAGAGACGAACGAAGUUAUUACGUUGAGAGAUUCGGGGAUGCAGUUUCUAGCAAUCCUCACAGGGUGUUUCUGCUGGAGGACAUCGAGCAAGCGGAUUAUUGUUCUCAACUGGGUUUCAAAAGGGCUAUUGAAAGAGGAAGAAUAGUGGAUUCAAAUGGUAAAGAAAUCAGCCUUUGUGAUGCAAUCAUCAUUUUCAGCUGUGAAAGUUUCAGCUCGAGGUCAAGACCGUGCUCUCCUCCGGUUAAGCAGAAGUUAUUAUCUGAAGCAUCUGAAAAGAAGGAUGAUAGUAUUGCUACUGUCGAGGAGACGAGCCCUUGGGUGUCUUUGGAUUUGAACAUAUCUAUUGAUGAUGACUGUGAGGAGGAUCGCCUAGCGGGUUACAUGGGGCUUCUUGAAUCCGUAGACAGACGGAUUGUCUUCAAAACUCGCCAGGAAUUAUGAGGGGUUGAAUAGUAUCAAAUGUUUUAUUCUUUUGAUCAGGUUUUGUCAUGCCACGUGUCUUUGGAUUCCCAGGCAUUUAAGGCUGUAGGUGAAAAAUUUGUACGCCCCUUAGCCGGCUUCAUCUUGUAAACUAUAUGUAUAUUAUUACCAAACUUCAUAUGUGAUAUAUAUAUAUAUAUAUAGGACUUUGGGAAAUUUUCUUUCUUUUCUUUUCUUUCUUUCUUUCUUCUUGAACGGUACUCAGCUAACUCAUUAGUCAUUUCAGUUUGACUUCCAUAACUGAUAUGGCUUAAGAA